GCUCGUCCUUUUUAGCACACACCGCGGCGACUGACGGGUGAGUUAGAAAUACUGGUGUCAUCAGAACCACAAAAUGCAGAUCUUUGUGAAGACAUUGACGGGUAAAACCAUCACUCUUGAGGUGGAACCCAGUGAUACAAUUGAAAAUGUGAAAGCCAAAAUUCAAGACAAAGAAGGCAUUCCACCAGAUCAACAGAGGUUGAUCUUUGCAGGAAAACAGCUUGAAGAUGGCCGCACACUUUCAGACUACAACAUCCAGAAGGAAUCUACUCUCCAUUUGGUGUUGCGUCUACGUGGUGGCGCCAAGAAACGCAAGAAGAAGACCUACACCACACCAAAGAAAAACAAACACAAGAAGAAGAAGGUUAAGCUUGCAGUGCUCAAAUUCUACAAAGUUGAUGAAAAUGGCAAGAUUACUCGUCUUCGUCGUGAAUGCCCGAGUGAGGAGUGUGGUGCCGGCGUUUUCAUGGCCUCCCACUUUGACAGACAAUACUGUGGAAAAUGCUGUCUGACAUACGUGUACAAUAAACCACAAGAAGAAUAGUUUGUUUUAGGCUUUCUGGAGAUAUGUAAAUUCAAUUGAUUUAUCGAUUAAAAAAAAAAUACAACAGAAA